CUAACGGACCGAGGCCGGUGCUGCCUUCAUUCGCCGCCGGCCCGGACCUUAGUGGCGCCCCAGCUAGGGCCGCACCGGCUCUGCCACUUGGGCGGUGUGGAAGCGUGGGAUUGGGGCCUGUGUCCGCGGGCUUGGUGGUUCUUCAGGUAUUAAGGAUUCAUUCAUUCAUCCACUCAUCAUUUAUUGAAUGCUGUGUGCAACAGGAAUUAUUAUAGAUGAUUGGGAUAUGGCAUUGAACAAAGGAGACAAGCUCUCUGCUAUCAUGGUACUUACAUUGUUGUGGGCCAGGUAAUAAAUAAGCUCUGCCUUCUCAGGCCCAGUCUGUUCUCAGAAAGAGGAAAUGACUCAGCCCCAGGUAACAGUGACAUUUAAAGAUGUGGCUAUUGACUUCACUCAGGAAGAGUGGCAGCAAUUGGAUCCUGCUCAAAGGAACCUGUACCGGAAUGUGAUGCUAGAAAAUUACAACAAUUUAAUCACAGUGGGAUGUCCGUUCACCAAACCGGAUGUGAUUUUCAAGUUGGAGCGUGAAGAAGAACCAUGGGUGGUGGAAGAAGAAGUGUUCAAGAGACAUUGUCCAGGAGAAAUAUGGGGGAUUGAUGAACAUCAGAAAAUCCAGGAUAGACUUUUGACACAACUUGAAGAUAAAUCUACAGAAACACUGACUGAAGAAAAACUCAUUGAAUGUCAUAAGAAAUUUGCAAGUGCAUUUCCUCCAAACUCAGACUUUUUUGCUUCAAAUCACAAUCUCUAUGAAUAUGACUUACUUGGAAAGUGUUUAGAACAUAGUAAUUUCAGCUAUCAUAAUAAUGAGAGAAUCCUUAUAAGAAAAGAACAUUAUGAAUAUAAUGAACCUAUGAAAUCAUUUGGCAAUAGCUUCUUCCAUUUUGUAGCAACCCCCUUUAAGUGUAAUCACUGUGGAAAAGGUUUUGAUCAAACCUUGGACCUCAUCAGACACCUGCGAAUUCAUACUGGAGAGAAACCCUAUGAAUGUAAAAAAUGUGGAAAAGCCUUCAGCCACAAAGAAAAACUCAUCAAACAUCAUAAAAUUCACAGUAGAGAACAGUCUUAUGAAUGUAAUGAAUGCGGGAAAGCUUUCAUUAAAAUGUCAAAUCUCAUUAGACAUCAAAGAAUCCAUACUGGAGAGAAACCCUAUGCAUGUAAGGAAUGUGGUAAAUCCUUCAGCCAGAAAUCAAAUCUCAUUGAUCAUGAAAAAAUUCAUACUGGAGAGAAACCUUAUGAAUGUAAUGAGUGCGGAAAAGCAUUCAGCCAGAAGCAAAGCCUCAUUGCACAUCAGAAAGUUCAUACUGGGGAGAAACCUUAUGCAUGUAAUGAAUGUGGUAAAGCAUUCCCUCGAAUAGCAUCUCUUGCUCUUCAUAUGAGAAGUCAUACAGGAGAGAAACCUUAUAAAUGUGAUAAAUGUGGAAAAGCCUUCUCUCAGUUUUCCAUGCUUAUUAUACAUGUGAGAAUUCAUACAGGUGAGAAACCCUAUGAGUGUAAUGAAUGUGGAAAAUCCUUCUCUCAAAGCUCAGCCCUUACUGUACAUAUGAGAAGUCAUACUGGUGAAAAACCUUAUGAAUGUAAGGAAUGUAGAAAAGCCUUCAGCCACAAGAAGAACUUCAUUACACACCAGAAGAUUCAUACUAGAGAGAAACCUUAUGAAUGUAAUGAAUGUGGAAAAGCUUUCAUUCAAAUGUCAAAUCUCGUUAGACACCAGAGAAUUCACACUGGAGAAAAACCCUAUAUAUGUAAGGAAUGUGGCAAAGCCUUUAGCCAGAAAUCAAAUCUCAUUGCUCAUGAAAAAAUUCAUUCUGGAGAGAAACCCUAUGAAUGUAAUGAAUGUGGUAAAGCCUUCAGCCAAAAGCAGAACUUUAUUACACAUCAGAAAGUUCACACUGGAGAGAAACCUUAUGAUUGUAAUGAAUGUGGUAAAGCCUUCUCUCAAAUAGCUUCCCUUACUCUUCAUCUAAGAAGUCACACAGGGGAAAAGCCUUAUGAAUGUGAUAAAUGUGGGAAAGCCUUCUCUCAGUGCUCAUUGCUUAAUUUACACAUGAGAAGUCACACAGGCGAGAAACCCUAUGUAUGUAAUGAGUGUGGAAAAGCUUUUUCUCAAAGAACUUCCCUUAUUGUGCACAUGAGAGGUCAUACAGGUGAGAAACCGUAUGAAUGUAAUAAAUGUGGAAAAGCCUUCUCCCAGAGCUCCUCCCUUACUAUACAUAUACGAGGUCAUACAGGUGAGAAACCCUUUGACUGUAGUAAAUGUGGAAAAGCCUUUUCUCAAAUCUCAUCUCUUACACUUCACAUGAGAAAACAUACAGGUAGAAGCCUUAUCAUUGUAAUGAGUGUGGUAAGGCUUUCAGCCAAAAGUCGCACCUUGUUAGACAUCAGAGAAUUCAUACUCAUUAAAAAUAGAAACUAUGAAUCUCAUGAGUAUGGAAAGCCUUCAGAAGGAAUUACACCUCUUUACACAUUACAUAAUCGGAUCUAUAGUGGAAAUCUGUGAAUGUGGGAAAGACUUUUGAACAAGGAACACAUUUGUCAAAGAGGAGACUUCUUACCAAAGUCACAAAUUGUAUAAUGAGAAAGCUGAUCAUCAAAAAUCUUCAGCAGACAUCUUAUCUAAUGGUAGUAUUUGUCCAGCAUUCUCAUUAAAAUCUGAAACAAGACGUUUACUCUCAGCAUGCCAACAUGAUACUGGAGCUCCUUGCCAAUGUCUUAAGCACAAAAAAACUAGAGAAAAAAAAUGUAAAAACAAUCUUUUACAUUAAAAUAGUUAAUUAUGAAAUAUGUUGAUACAAAAUAUUUGAGAAGAAAUGCAAUAUGAAUUACUAAAAUUUGAGAAAAAUCAUUGUCUGAAGACUUGACAUUCUAAAAGAAAUAUGAAUUUCACAGAUCUCUAAGUUUAAAAUACUUCCACUCAAGGUUUUUACCGAUUAUAUUUUUAAAAUUAACAAACUGAUUCAAAAUUUUAUAUAGGAGGAGUUCUGCUAUGGUGCAGUGGGAUUGGCAGCCUCUCAGGAAUGCUGGGGCACACGUUUGAUCCCUGGCCAGGCUCAGUGGGUUAAAUGAUCUGGUGUUGCCUGAGCUGCAGUGUAGGUGGCAGCCACGGCUUGCACUUGAUCCCUCACCCAGAAGCUCCAUACAUAGCAGGGCAACCAAAAAAGAAAAAAUAUUUUCAUAUAGACAUGUAAAGGACCACAAAUAGCUGAGAUAAACGUGAAAAAAACAGUCUACUAUAUAUCGUCACAUAUUUAUUUAAAAUUAUCAUUUAAACAGUGUUUUUCUUUUUUUUCUUUAGGGCCUCACCCAUGCCAUAUGAAAGCUCCCAGACUAGAUGUCAAAUCAGAGCCGCAGCUGCCAGCUUACGCCACAGCCACAGCCGCAGCAACACAAAGUGGGAUCCAAGCCGUGUCUGCAACCUACGGUUCACAGCAUUGCUGGAUCCUUGACCCACCGAGUGAGGCCAUGGAUUGAACCUGCAUCCUCAUGGAUACUAGUUGGGUUCUUAUCCCACUGAGCCACGAUGGGAAUUCCUAAACAAUGUGUUCUUGAUGAGUAAAUCAGUGGAAACAAAUUGAGAACUGGAGGAAGGAGAUGUAGGGAUUUUGUGUAUUAUAGUGCUAUUAAAAUCAUUAGAGAAAGGAUGGUAUUCAAUAAAUGGGAGAUUUAUAAAAACAACAAAUAUUAGCUACUUUGUACCAUAUACAAAAAAAAAAGAAACCCAAAUAGAUUGAAGACCAGAAUAUAAAAAGUAAGAUUACAUUAUCUACAAUGAAAGUAAAAUGGACUAUAUCUAUUAGAGUAAAAGAAUUUAUUUAAAAAUACAUGAUUAUGUAACAUUCAAUUCUAUUUUAGUGUAUUGGGUUCAAAGACACCAACAUAUGUACAAAGAGAGACAUAUAUAUCUCAUGUUCACUGCAUCAUGGUUUGUAUUAGUCUAAACUGAACAGAACAUUUCCAUUAGUAGAGGGAUAGUUUGAUACAAUGUGAUUGUUUCUGAUAGAACACAAUAUUUAAAGACAAAUUUGAUAUGUCAUUACCAAUAGAUUACAGUGCAUGAGGGAAAAAAGCAAAAUGUACAAUGAAAUAUAACAUUUUUAUAAAUUUGAUGGAACAGUGCAAAGAACAGUACUGUGUAUUGGUCAUGGAUGCAUUUAUGACAUUAGUUGCCUUUUAGAAAGUGGAGGCAGUUGUUAUAUUUAUGUCUAACAUUUCUUAAAUAAAAUGAAAGCAGAUAUGACAGUAUUAACAAA